AUGCCAAAGGGUAAAGAGUUUUCAAAAGAAGAAAAGACGCUUCUAUUUCGUAUUAUUGUUUUCGUCGAUUCCGAAAAGAGUGGUCCAAAAAUUCCAUUGAAUAACGUUUGCGAUCGAUUACAGGUUAUGUUAGGUCUUUCUCGCCGUACCAUCAUCAAUCUACGACAAGAAAUGUCUCGUCUGGCCGAUCAACAAAAUAAUACAGAACAAACAGAAGAAGAUGAUGAUGAAGAACAACCAGAAGUUCGACCACGGCGACAGUCGACAUCUCCUAGACAUGCUAUUCAAGCAAAAAAAACUUUACUAACUCCCGCUGGCAACAGUGGUCGAAAAAAGAUCGUUUUAACAGAAUAUGAAGAAGAUCAGAUUCGAUAUACAUUUCAUUGGUUACUUGCAUCGAAACAAUAUCCGACAACAGCUAAACUUCUCACUCGUCUUUUAGAAGAUACACCUGAUUUUCCAAUUCAAUCAGAAAUGACUCUCCUUCGAUAUAUGCAUCGACUGGGCUUUAAAUACAAAGCAACUUCUAAGAUCUCUAUACCAUUGGAUGCUACAAGUUUUAUUGCUGCACGUGCUAAAUAUUUCAGACAUCUUAGUGAUCUUAGAACUAACGAUUUUGUUAUUUAUUACCAUGAUGAAACAUGUACAAAUUCAGGUGAUGAGCAACGUUAUGUUUGGGUGGAUGGUAAAGGGGAGGGACGCUUACGACAGAGUGAGGGACGAGGUAAUUCCAGGUUUUUCUUAAAUAGAGUAAUCAAUUGAUCUUUAUUUGUGUAGGACCUCGCCUGGCUAUCAGCGCUCUUAUCAGUGACACAGGCUUUCAUCUCCCUACAAUUGAAAUAUUUAAAUGCGAUGAUGAUCAUAGUAUGUGUAGUAAGCAUUUCGUUGAAUGGAUCGAAAGAACGUGCUUGAUUCUUCGUCGCGAACAUGGUAAAUAAAUUCAGAUUAUUGAUAUAUUACGACGAAUCUGAAGAUGAGUCUUUUUAAAAUUUGUGUUAAUCCUUAUUCUCUCACUAAAGUAUCUUUUUUUUUGA